ACACUACUAACAGGCAGUCGGCCAUGAUGGUGGCCGCCGAGCACCGCCCUUCGCCGCAGCUCACUUUCUGGAUCACCGUGGAACGUCAACUGUGCGCUUGUCACACCGACACUGAAUGAGCUGAGCUUUUUUUUUUUUUUUUUCAAUCCAACAAGAAAUCCAAUACUGACAAAGAUCAGCAGGAAUUUUUCAUGGUAUUUGUUCACCAAAUUCUUCAAUUAGGAAGAAAAAAGUCUGUGUUUUUGAAAAAAUUUGAAGAAAGACCUUUUCAGAGAACAUCUUUCGCAAAGCAGUUUAUAAGAAUUAAUAUCAGCAUUAUGGAUAUAUAUGAGUGAAGAAAAUCUGUAGUAGUUCAAGUUGCUUGUAUCAUCGUCACCUUUUCAAUACAUAUUAGAAGUGUGAGUGCUUUCAGCUGUUUCAGUAGUGCUGCUGAAGCCCUUGUCAUCUGUCAGCUUGCUAUUGGUGUAGUUCUGAGUGAAAAAAAAAAAGAUCAAUUUUUAUCGUCAAUUGUGUUUCUUAUUUUGCAUUGCGUCUUCAAUACAGCUGGUAAUCCCUUUUUAGUUAUUAUUCCCUUAACCAUGUUAUUCCCUUCACGUUAAGCAAAAGAGAAUUCUGUUUUGAUCACAUUGGUUUAGGUAUUCUGCUGGAAACAACCAUUGAGGAUUAGCUUUGUUAUUAAUUCAUGUGCAACUGCUGGAGUUGAGAGCGUAGCUUAUGAAUGGUGCUUUUAAAUGAGAUUUCAACCAGACAUUGUAUAACAAUGAAUCGAUACGAGAAUAGUUGCCUGAGGUGUGGGCAGACUGUGUACCAGGUGGACAAAGUCGGACCACUGAAGGAUUUCACCUUCUUCCAUCAGGGAUGCUUCAAAUGUCUGGUUUGUGGUACAAAACUCACCUUGAGGACUUAUUACAAUAACCAGCAAGAUCAGGACGACAAGGAGGUUUACUGCCAGAGCCACAUGCCCAAAACGGGACCUGGGCAUCUGGAUGGGAUGUCUGUCGGAAUCAAAGCAGCUCUUAGUGUGCCCAAAACUAAUCAUCUGGUGAAUGACCAAAUCCGUGGUUUCGGGAAGGGCACUUUUGAUGCCGACGCCCUAGGGAUCAAGAGUGCCCUCUCUUCGCCCAGAACUCACGAACCGGACAUCAGGAAUCGGGACCACAUGGCCGGACGCUUUGACGCCAGUGCCUUACACAUCACUCAUGCUCUUAAUGCCACUAAAGUGCAGAGAGGAUACCAGUAUGAAAGAAGGAUUGACGAUUACUUGGAUAAAGAAACACAAACCAAACUAGAAAUGAGACACCGUGCUGAAGAGGACGCCCUCUACCGGCAGUUCGCGAAGAAGCGUCAAGAAGAGGAAGUUCACAUCACAGAACAGAUACAGGAAGAGUGGGAGAAAGAAUUGGAAAAACUGACGUCCCGGUUCAAUUAUGAGAUCAAGAUGAAGAAGAGGCGAAUAUCCACUGAUGAGGAGAAAGCCCUGACUUUCAGGCAUCAAAAAGAAAAGGAAGACUUGGAGAAAAAUAUGACAAUUAAACUCGACAGAAAGAAGGAAUCCCUGACGAGGAAACUCCUGGAGCAGGAGAGGGCGGCCACAGCAGACCUCGUGGAGAAGCAUUCCAAAGAGAUGUUGAACCUCAUCAACGAGAAGAGGACGGAAUACGUUCUGAGCCAAAAUUUGAAUGAGAGAGAGGGAUACUUGAAUGAGGAGUUGGGGCCAUAUCCAACCCACCCACCUCCUCCGAGUCCUCCCCUCAUAUCAAAGAUCGAGAUUUACAGCGACCCAAGCGUCUUCCUUGAGCUCGACCAAAUCGCCAUCAAUGUAGCCCAAAGCGAUCAGCAAACAUUUACGGACUUAGUACGGCAAUUGAUUGGAAGUUGCAUUACAGACGUAGAAAAAGCGAGAGCCAUUUUCCGAUGGAUUACGGUGAAGAAUCUGAAUACCAUGACGUUUGAUGAAAACGUGAAUGCAGACACGCCGAUGGGGAUUCUGAGAGGCAUCAAGCAUGGAACUGAAAGCUACCACGUCCUUUUCAAGCGACUUUGCAGUUACGCCGGGCUUCACUGUGUUGUCAUUAAAGGUUAUUCGAAAAGUGCCGGUUAUCAACCUGGUGUGAAAUUCGAAGACACCCGAUUCCGCAACUCGUGGAAUGCCGUAUAUGUGGCAGGAGCUUGGAGGUUUGUCCAAUGCAACUGGGGUGCAAGGCAUCUGGUGAACGCCAAAGAAGUUCCAAAACCGGGCAGCCGCGGAAAAUCGGACAGUUUGCGCUACGAGUACGAUGAUCAUUACUUCCUCACUGAUCCCAAGGAGUUCAUCUACGAGUUUCUCCCUCUGCAGCCUGAAUGGCAGCUCCUCAAAACUCCGAUCUCCUUGCCGGAGUUCGAAGAAUUACCUUUUGUGCGAUCCUUGUUUUUCAGGUAUGGCCUCUACUUCCCAGACGAAGAAACCAAAGCAGUCCUAUACACAGACAGCACAGGAGCGGCUACUGUGCGUAUUUCGAUGCCUUCUCGCAUGUCAUCCAGCCUCAUAUUCCAUUACAACCUCAAAUUCUACGACACAGAUGUGGACACUUAUGAGGCAGUGAGUCUGAAAAGGUUCGUCAUGCAGUCUGUCGUGGGCAAUGUCGUCGCCUUCAGGGUCCACGCGCCAUGCAGUGGAUCCCUCCUCUUGGACAUCUUUGCAAACGCUGUCACACCCCGGGAAUACCUCACUGGCGAACCCAUGAAGUUCAAAAGCGUUUGCAAGUUCAAGAUCGUCUGCGAAGACCUCCAAACCGUCAUGGUGCCUCUCCCCGAUUGCGCAAGUGGGGAAUGGGGACCCAUGAAGGCAACGAGACUUUUCGGACUUGUGCCCAUUACCCACGAAGACGCACUCAUCUUCGCACCCAGGGUGUUGGAAAUCCAGUUCCGAAUGUCUAGACCGCUGACUGACUUCAUGGCAACGCUUCACAAAAAUGGAGUCGAGGAAAAGAAGCUAUCUAAAAAUGCAACACAGUCGGUAGAAGGAGAUUUGGUCACUUUCUGCUUGAAUUUUACCGAAGACGGUCAGUACGGUAUGGAUAUCUACACAAGAGAAAUGAACGGUGACCUCGACAAUGGCGACAAAAAUCUUUUGACCCAUUGCUGUAAAUAUCUGAUAAACGUCUACUCAUCCAAUAAGUCAUUUUCAGAAUUCCACUGAGGCAUUGCUCAUUAUUUCACUAAUUUCUCAUGUACCUCAAACAACUUUCCUAGGCACGCGCGUGCGACUCCCAUUGCUGACGACUUAGCACUUAGAUGAGGCCAAGCUGUUAAAGACUCUUCAAGAAAGUUGCUGAUGUGAGCCUAAGUAUGCGAAAUUGCUUCAAAAUCGUUUGUUUGACAUUUCUCUCAAACAUGAAAGUGGGGAAAGCCGAGAGCUUUUGGAAAAAGAGUAUAAAAGCAAUUUAAUCAAAAAGAAAUAACUCUCAGUAAAAUAGUUUAAGCUCCAAUAAGGAUUAAAUAUUCAAGACUCUAGUCUUCUUACAUUUGAGUAUUUAAAAAAUGUAUAUAGUAAUAAAAGUAAGAGCUUUAAGCAGUAUUCAGAACAUAUUAAAAAACUGAACAUUGGCCUCUUUUGUUUUGCAGUUUUGAAAGCAGUUUUUUAUUUUUUUUUUAAUGUUUCACUGGCUUACUUUGCUUUUCUAUACAAAUCCAUGAAUUGAUUUUUUUUAGGUUGAUAUUUUUUAAAUAAUUUUUUCUAUUCAACACAAUAAAUUAUUGAACUAUUUUUCAUAGUUUGGUUAAAGAAAGAAAAUGCUUUCUUUCUACGUUACUCACGCAAAUUAUUACUAAAUCAGAAAUCUAUAUUUUGUGUUGUCUAACUGAUAUUAAUCUUAAUGUCAUUGUUCUUAAUGAUCUAUAUCGAUUAAUAAAUAUGACGUGUAAAUAAAGCUUUAUAAAUAAUAAUUUCAGUUGAUGAAAACUGCACAAUUACUGUUAGUGCGUUCUUCAACCAGGCUUUGGUUGCGCAAACAAUAUACAUGAGCUGAGAAUGUUUAAAAACAAAUAUUCAGUUCAAAAAAAUAAAUAAAGUGCUUCAUCUAACUAUGAUCUAGCUUCACACUCUAUGCUGGAUUUCAUAUUUUUGAGAAGUAUAACAUGCAUUUCAGACUUUAUCAUUUUAAUGUAUAAACUUUUAUAACUAUAUGCUUAAAAUUAUAUAAAAGUUUUGUAUCUACUGAACUUAUAUAUAUUUUUCCAUAAUUUUUAGGUUAUGGGAUCAAUUUAAUAGUGUGUAACUAAAGAAUCAGUAAUAAAGAAAUUAAAACUAA